AUGAUAAUUUUUUAUAUUCUUUUCUUUGAGCAAUUAAUUCUGCCAUCUAGUAAGAUAAAUAUAAAUAUUAGAAUGCAAAUAUUUAGUUUUAACAGAUCUAACAAAUGAAAGUGUUGAUAGUUUAUGGUCAGACGAAACUUUAAGCAGUCAGUUAUAGUUUUGUAUUAAUGGGCUAGCAGAAAAAUAGAUAGGCUUAGAUACUAGUUCAAAUACAAUUUAUUGGAAGAGAACAUUUUCUUUACCAAAAACUAGCAGAGUGUAUGUUUAUUUCGAGUUUUCUUUAUCUGGAAAUUGGAAUAAUGAUGAACUAUAGAUUUUUGCUAAUGAUUUAAAGGUAUACUCUGAAAAAUUCAAGCUCGAAGAUUCCAAUCGUGGUUGUCUUGAUAAGUAUUGAAUUCAAUAAAUUUUAGAUUUAAAUAUGAAUCUUAGGCAUAUUUUGUAAUAAAUAUGAGAUUGGAUUCUUUGAAAUUUGAAAUAAAAAUCAGUACUACAAACCUUGGAAUUUAUAUUAAAAAUAUAGUUCUUUUAUAAUAGUAAUAAAGAGGAAGAAAUGAAAUUCUGGAAUUUAUAGAUUAUAUCCCAACAUGUAGUUCAGAUUAUUAUUUUUAACAAUAUUUUUGCAAAUGUAAAAACAAUUUAGUAUAUGAAUAAAACUCGUGUAGAACACAAUGUAGUUAAAAUUAUUUGUAUGAUGCAACAGAGAAGGUCUGUUAUGCAAAAGAUUAUUGUACAGCAUGUCAAGGAACUUAGACAACAUUAGUUUGUAAUACAGAUCAUUAUAAAUAUCAUGAAUCUAAUAUCGUUUAAUCAAAUUGUGUUAAGAGAUGUCCAAAUAAUUAUUUUUAAGAUGAAAAUGCUAAAACUUGUGUAAAUAUGUAAUCAUAUCUUUAAACUAAUCUAAAUGGAGGAGGUAAUUUGUUAAAUUUAUAAUAUUAGAAAUUGUUGACCAUUAUUAUUUCUUUACAACAGUUCCAGAGUUUUUACACUUCUACAUGUAUAAUCAUUUAAUGGUUACUGUAAUAUCAAUUCCAGAAAAAACUAAAGAAAGAGGUUACUUCUAUUAUGGUGGUAGAUUUUAUAUAGGUUCAUUUGAUUCAUUUUAAUCCUAAAAAGUGUAGAUCACAUAAAAUAUCCAGAAUUCUCAACAUAAAAUACGUUUUAGAGCAAUAGCUCAUUUUAUUGAUUUCAAUCCUACCAAGUUUGAUAUCACUAUUAAUAAUGUAAAAUAAACAGCUGCAACUUUAACCAUUAAUAGUGUAAAUAGAUUAUAAUCAUCAAAAUCAGAUUAUAUAGCUUAUUUAGAUUACACUUGGGUAAGAACAGAAUAAUAUCCAUUAACAUAAAAUACAAUUCUUUUUGAAAUAGAGUAGCCCCAAUAAGCUGGACAAUAUGUAGGUAUUUUUUAUUUAGAUGAAAUUAAUAUUUAUCAAUUUUAAUGUUAAGCAGGAUGCAACAGUUGUUUUACAUAUAAUUUAUGUACUCCAUGUCUAUUUCCAGCAAACAAAGAUCCAGCUAAUUGUUAAUGUUUAACAGGAUAUGUUAUGAAGGAUAAUUAGUGUAUAGGUAUUACAUAAAUUGAAAUUAGUUUGUCCAACAUAUUGUACUACUUGUGUAACUGCUGGAGUCUGUGUAGAUUGUUAAGUAGCAACAAAAAGAAUUAAUUCUCCAAGUUGUGAUCAAUGUCCUGUAAAUUAUUAUUUAGAUUCUGGAAAAGAUAAUUGUUAAGAUUGUUAAACGGGAUGUCAUAAAUGCACAGUUGGAACUGCUUGCGUUUAAUGUGCAAAUGGAUAUUUUAGAAAUCAAACUAAUUAAUGUAUAACAUAAUGUCCAGAUGGCUAAUUUAAUGAUUCUAGUGAUACAAAUGAUCCUAAAUGUAGUAUUUGUGAUAGUAACUGUAAAAAAUGUCAAACAUUAUCAACAACAUGUACUGCAUGUAAUGGAUUAGCUAUUCUUGUAUCAGGACAUUGUUAUUUAUGUUCUGAAGGUUAAUAUUUAUCAGGUACUACUUGUGUACCUUGUAUAAGUGGUUGUUAAAUUUGUUCUACAAUUACUUGCACUACCUGUUAGGAUUCAUUUUAUUAUAAAUCAUCAACCAAUGAAUGUCUCUCUAUUUGUGAUCCUGGAUUUUAUGGUAAUGCAACUACUAAAACAUGUGAUUAAUGCAACUCUAGUUGUUUAACAUGUUUAGCUGGUACAAAUAAGGAUUGUGUCACAUGUCCACCAGGAAAAGUGCUGAAUCUCUAAGAUAUCAUAAAUGGAGAGUGUUAAACAAACUGUUUAGUUGGAUUUUAUAAAGUAGAUGAUGGUUGUGCAAAAUGUUGGAAAGGUUGUUCUGCAUGUAUGGACUCAACUCAAGCUUGUUUAACAUGUGCAAGUAAAUUCUAUAGAUUGAGAACUACAGGUUGGUGUUAUGAAACAUGUCCUAAUGGAUUUUAUAAUAAUUAAGUAGGCUUUGUUUGUUCUCCUUGUAAUACUUAAUGUAAGACUUGCAAUGGAUUUUCAGAGUCUCAUUGUUUAUCAUGCAAUGCUCCUUUGGCUUAUUAUUAAAAUUAAUGUUUAGUAGAAUGUUAUGAUGGUUAUGGCAGUAUCAACAAUGUCUGUGAAUCAUGUGCAGCAAAUUGUAAGAAAUGUUUUGGUACAUUACCAAAUUAAUGUCUUGAAUGCAUGACUGGAUUUUAUACAUUAAAUAAUUAAUGUUAUGUGAAAUGUCCAAAAUCAUUUAUUGGUAUCAGACCUUAAUAUGUUUGUAAAUGCAUUUAUGACAAUUGUAUAAGUUGUACUGCUUCUUAGUUUUUUUUGGAUAAUUAAUGUUAUGCCAUAUGUCCAACUGGUUAUUUUGGAUAUAAUGGUUUAUGUAUAAAAUGUGAUGUAACUUGUGGAACUUGUUUUGGUGAGGGAAUAGAAGAAUGUUCUUCUUGUAAUAAUGGUUUAAUAUUAUUUAAAAAUACUUGUAUCACAAAUUGUUUAGGAAAUCUUUAUCAUGAUGUUGUAAAUAAUGAAUGCAAAACUUGUCAUAUUGAAUGUAUUGCAUGUACAGGACCUAAUGAUAAUAAUUGUACAGCAUGUCCUAGUGAAAAACUAUUAACAAUUGAAAAUACUUGUAAAGAUCAAUGCACAGAUGGUUCAUAUCCUGUAUUAAAUGAAAAAAGAUGUUAUGCAUGUAAUCCAACUUGUAAAACUUGUUUUGGUCCCUCUGAUGAAAAUUGUUUGACAUGCAAUAAUUUAUUUUAAGCAAAUAAAUGUGUUAGUAAUUGUUCACCAGGCUUUACAAUUAAUGCUACAGGUACUAAAUGUGAUUCUGAUUUUCCUCUUGUUAUCGCAAUUUGCUCAUAUCAAUGCUCAACUUGUGAAUUAGCACCUAGAUUUUGUAAAUUAUGCAAUGGAAAUCGUAGUCCUAAUCCACCUAAUUGUGAUUGUGAAGCUGGUUAUUUUGAUGAUGGAGUAAAUGCUAUUUGUCCUAAAUGUGCAAAUAAAUGUUUAACUUGUAAAGGAUUAGCAAAUCUUUGUCUCAAAUGCAAAGGUGAUAGACUUUUACCUUAAUGUAAUUGUCCAGAUUUUUAUUAUGAUGACGGCGAAGCUGUAAAUUGUGUAAAAUGUCAAGACAAUUGUAAAACAUGUGAUGCGAAUGGAUGUACAUCAUGUUUAGGAGAUCGAAUUAAUGUUCCUAGCUGCGUCUGUCCAGAUGGAUAUUUUGAUAACUAUGAGACUUAUUGUUAAUAAUGUGCUAAAAAGUGUACAACUUGCAAUGGAUCUGCAGAAUUAUGUACUAAUUGUUCGGGAUUAAGAGUUAAUAAACCUAUUUGUAAUUGUCCAAAUGGAUACUUUGAAAAUUCAGAUCUAGAAUGUUAACAAUGUGAUUCAACAUGUAAAGAUUGUAAUUAAUAUGGAUGUUUAUCAUGUUUUGGUAACAGAAUAGGUCCUAUCAGUGGAGAAUGCAAAUGUGAUGCAAAGGGUAUAAGCAGAUUUAGCAUAGGAUCUGUAUAUUGUACAGAUUGUUCAUUAGGUGUACCAUAUUUUGGUUUAAUUGAUAAAUUUGAUGGAUUUACAAUUGAUUUUGGUGGAUCAGUGGCAUUAUAUGAUUCUUUAACAGGAGAUUCAGAUAGUUUAUGCAGCAUAAUUUUUGAUGAAGACACUUUAGCAUUACUUGGAACUGAUCCUGUAUGCAAUGAAGAUUUUACUGUAAUUUUUGGAGAUAAUCCAACAAUCAAAGUUGGAGAUAAAAUUUAACUCAAAACAGAAUUUCUACUUUAAGGAUGUAGUUACAAAUUUUUAUAAAUUCUACCAAUGGAACUAUCGAUCCCAUCAACUAUAGAUUAAACUACACAUAAACCGACAGUGAGAUUUACGGAUACUACUUCUCCUAAUGUAUGUUAAUAAUUGAGCAUAAAAUUUGAAGAACUUUUUUAUAAUGGAAAAUAGAAACUAAAAAUAAUAUCAUGGAGUCAAAUACUUCCUGUGACUGUGGAUCCAAUUAUAGCUCAGAUUUUAUCUUCUAAUACAUUAAAUAAUAGCGAUGUUAUAACAUUUCCAGAUAGAUUGUUUUAAUCAGGAAUUCUAUAUAAAUUUGGUGCAACAAUUGAAAGUUUCGCAAAAUUGUAGAAUAUCUAAACAUUCUAAUUUCAAGCAUAAUAAUAAUCAACAAUAACUUUUAAAUAAGACACUCUAAUUAGUUAAUAUAAUAGAUUUUCGAACAUAAAAAUUCCAAAUAAGAUCUCAUAUGCAAAUUGCAUAGAAAAAAAUCCUCCAGAAUAAUCGUUAUAUUAUGAGAUAAUAUUAAAGAACACAAAGUAAAGACUCUAAAAUGGAACAUUAACAGAGAAUUUAAUAGAUGGAUUCGAAUAUGAUGUUGAAUUAGAUUUUGCACCAUUUUAUUUUAAUUUUACAAAUCCUUAUAUUUUGGUGUUUAAUACAAAAUUAAGUAGAGCAGAUUACACUGCAACUAGUUAAAGCAUUUUUGAAAUAUACAUAGUUCCAUCAUCACCUAUUUUAACAAUAGCAGGAGGAAAUAGAAUGUUAGGAUUUUCAUAGGAAUUAUUUUUAAAUAGUACAAUAACAGAUAAAGAUCUAACAGAAGAUGAAGCAUCAAAAAUUUAAUAUAUUUGUUAUUGGAGUUGUGAAGAUAUUGUUUAUGGAACAGCUUGUUAAAAUUAAAUGAAUGAAACUCUCACUUUUGAUAAUAGUUGUAAUUAAUUUGUACCUGCAAGAACUUUUGCUCCAUAUAAAGCUGUUAAUUUUUAAGUAGAAAUAAUUAAAGAAAAUGUUAAUUAUUCAACAAAAGUUUCAAUUCAAUUUAUUGAAUUAGAUUUACCUGCAUUGAGUAUUUAAGGAGUUGAUCCUUUAGAAGUUCAUAAUUAUUAUGACGAAUUCAUAUUUAAGCUUACAUAUCCAGGAAUCAAUCCUGAUGUUUUAAUGUAUGCAGGAGCUGUAAUUUAUGAUCAAGUAGUUUAAGCUACUUUUUAAUUUUAUUAUUUAGACUUUAAAUUCAAAAUUUAAGAUUAUUUCACAAACUUUUAAUUAAGCAAAGGAAAUGGUGGACGAUUGAGAUUAUCUGUAUAUGAUCCUAGAUUUAUUAUGCCUUCAUUGAACACUUAAAUGUUGACAAUGAAUAUACCUCCGUAAAAGUGUGAAUUAAAAUAUGAAAAGAAAGAGAGUUUUGUUGAAUUCUUAGAUUAUCUUGAAGUGAAUGUAAUUAAUUGUGAAGAUGAUAAUACUCCACUUAAAUAUUCAGUUAUGUUAUUUCCAAACUAAUCUAUCUAUAAAAAUGACGUUGAGAAUUCUAAAUUCUAUCAUUAUACUCUUGUUAUACCUCCAUAAUAAACUUCUAAAUUUAAUUUAACUCUUCCUUUUGCAAAUCAUGAAGAUAGUCUAAUUGUUGUUAAUAUUCAAGAUUAAAUAGGCGGAAUUGUUAAUAUAACAGAACCUAUAAAUAUAAAAUAAUAUGGUAAUUUAAGUGAGGCAAAUAUCAGAGAAUACUAAAGGAGAUUGCAAAGUUUUGAUGAAUAAUUAAUUGGAUAUAAGAUUAUAACUGCUAGAUUAAUCUAAUUAACUGGUUUAAUUGAUUAUAAGGAAGAAUUGUUGAAUGAAUUGUUAUUUAUUGAUAAGAAUGAUUCAUUUUUAAGUAAUUAAACUGAAACAUUAUAUCAUUCAUUAUCAAAUAUUUUGAGUUAGAAUGUUAGUUUAAUACAAUUGAAUGAAACACUUUUAUUAAGUUAAGUAAACUAUAGAAUAAAAUUGGCAGCAGCAGAAUUAAUGAGAUUGACUGAAUUAUAGAAUAAAAAUAUAUUGAGUUCAGAAUAAAACAUAGAGAAAACAAAUUAUGUAAAACAAUAUUACACAUAUACUAACAUUUUAUCGUCUUAUAUAAAUUAUAGAGUAAAUAAAAAUCUAACGGCAAGUGAGAUAUAAACAUAACUUGAUGCUAUGAUGAAUUAUUUAUAAGAUAUAAGUGUGGCUAAUGAACCUAUGUAUAAAGUAUCAUCGAAUUCAGUAAAUAUGAAUUUUGGAUUUUUAACAUCUAAACUAGCUAAUGAAGCUACUGGUUCAACGAUAAAAGAUAGUAGUAAGAAUAGAUUGUUGGAGGCAGAAGCAGAAGCUGAUACUGGAAAUUAAAAUUAUAACAGUUCAACAAAUUUUUAUAAAUUCUCAUAGACUCGUUUUAUAGAUAAUCCAUUUUACAGUUAAGAGGGAUUUCCAAAAAAUAGUAGUGGUUAUUAAGCUGUUGAUCCUAAGUUAACUAUUAAAGAUUCAACUACUUAAAGCAAUAAUAUAACAUCGAGUAUGAAAAUGAAAUUUCCAAAAGCAAAAGAAUUACCUGCAAAUACUUCGACAAAAUGUAUAGCUUAAGUAGAUUCUGGUAGUUGGAAUGCUGAUGUUUGUAAAACAAAGAAAGCUGAUGGAGAAACAAUUUGUGAAUGUGAAUCAUUAAGUCCUACAUCAAUAAUGGAAUCAUUAGACUAUUUACUUGACAAAGCUUCCCAAGUAUAUUCAUUAGAUACAUUACUUGCAUUUGCAUCUUUUCCAUUUUAUAAAACUAUAGUAUUUUACUUUUAUUUAUUUAUGACUGGAGGAUAUGCUUAUGUAGUUUAUUGGGGUAUGAAAGUAGAUCAUGUUUAUUACACUAAACUUGCAGCUGAAAAAGAAGCUAAAGAAGCAUUAGAAAAGUAACUUAAGGAAGAAGAAGAAAAAUUAAAAGAAUAAGAAUAAAAAUUAGAAGAAUUUAAAGAUAAGGAACAUGAUGAUGAUGCAAUACGUAUUGAAUAAAUUGAUACUUAAAAUGAUGCUAAUUAAAGCAAAAUGAUGUUGGAUUAAUAAGAAUUCAAUGAUGUUAGACACAAUUAUGAAAGAGGAAAUACAAUUUUUAAUAGAAAUAAAGGACCAAAAUCAACAUAAGUAGAUAAUAUUAUAGGAAGAGAUUAAGCACCAACUUUAGUUGAAAUUAAUGAGAAAGCUUAAUUAUUAUAACCUAAAACAAAUUCAACAAAAGGAGGUUUGUAAGUAAUUAAUGAUAAUACUCAUGUUGCUGUAGAUGUUUAAAAAAAUGGAACCAAUUCUUAAAUAUCUCCUGAAAAUUAGGCUGAAAAUUAGUAGAAUUCACCUCUUAAAUAAAAUGAGAUCGAACAAUAAAAUCCAUAGGAAUAAAAUGGAACAGAAUAAAAUCCUAAGGAAUAAAAUCCUUAAGAAAAAAAAGAAUCAGAAGAUAUGGUUUAAUAAUCAAUCUCUAAAAUAAAAGCAUAUAUUGAAUAUCUUAAAUAUUUCCAUUAGAUUUUAUCUAUUGUAUAUAAAGAUGAUGAAGAUAAACCAAGAGGACUUCGAGCAUCUAUUGUUUAUACUAGUAUAAUGGGUAGUUUAGCUGUACUUUUUGUAUUUGGACAACCUAAUAAUAUUAGUCUUACUCUAACACUUGCUUUACUUACUGCUCCUGUCAAUAAAAUAUAUUAAGUUGCAUUAGAAAAGAUGUUAGUACAUAAAAAGAAAUCUGUUAGAAUUGGAGGUGCUGUUGUUAUGAUUGUCACCGCUGCAUUCAUAUCUUAUACUAUGCUUGCUGGAUUAGUAUUAAGUGGUUCUGUUGAAACAGCCAAUUAAUGGAGUUAUAUUUUUAUUGGAACAUUCAGUGCAGAUAAUAUUCUGUACUCUCCUAUGUAAUUAGUACUUUAAUAUGGUGUUCAUAUGGGUUUAAUUAAUAUGCCAAUCAUUUAAAAAUUGUUGAAUAAAUUACUAGAUUAAAAAGCUAAAGAUUUUCUUAAAAGAAUAUUUACCAGAAGAAGAUGA